CUCACAUUCUGUGUUUGGUCGUGGGCUGCCUGUUGACUGGAGUUGUGUACAGUAAAAAACAUUAAAUUACUUUCUUGUGUAGUACGAAACACCUAAGCGCUAAGAAGAACACAAUGGAGACUAAACCACAGAAGAUGCCGAAAGUGGCGAAGGUGAAAAACAAAGCUCCUGCGGAAAUCCAAAUCACCGCCGAGCAGCUUCUCCGUGAAGCGAAAGAGCGUGAUUUGGAAAUUCUACCUCCACCCCCGAAGCAGAAAAUUUCAGAUCCCGCCGAAUUAGCAGAUUACCAAAUGCGUAAACGAAAAACUUUCGAAGACAACAUAAGGAAGAAUCGCACGGUAAUGUCUAACUGGAUUAAGUACGCCUUGUGGGAGGAAUCGCAAAAGGAAAUUCAAAGAUCACGUUCCGUUUUUGAGAGAGGCUUAGAUAUAGACCAUCGCAAUAUUACUUUAUGGCUAAAAUAUGCCGAGAUGGAAAUGCGUAAUCGUCAAGUGAAUCAUGCCCGCAAUUUGUUUGAUCGUGCCGUUACCAUUUUACCGCGUAUAAACCAAUUUUGGUAUAAGUAUACGUAUAUGGAGGAAAUGCUGGAGAAUAUUCCAGGUGCUCGUGCGGUUUUUGAACGCUGGAUGGAGUGGGAGCCCGAUGAGCAAGCCUGGCAAACUUACAUCAACUUUGAGUUACGGUAUAAAGAAAUCGAUCGAGCCCGGCAAAUUUACGAACGCUUUGUCAUCACUCAUCCACAAGUAAAACAUUGGAUUAAAUACGCCAAAUUCGAAGAUAACCACGGAUUUAUCAACUCGGCGCGUCGUACGUUUGAACGUGCCAUACACUUUUAUGGUGAUGAUCACUUGGACGAAAAUUUGUUUAUCGCAUUUGCGAGAUUUGAGGAAAAUCAUAAGGAGCACGAGCGUGCUCGGAUUAUUUACAAAUAUGCCUUGGAGCAUAUACCUAAAGAGCAAGCCAAGGAGCUCUUUAAAGCGUACACAAUACACGAGAAAAAAUAUGGCGAUCGCAGCGGAAUUGAAGAUGUAAUCGUAUCCAAACGUAAGUUUCAAUACGAACAAGAAAUUGCGCAAAACCCAACAAAUUAUGAUGCGUGGUUCGAUUAUUUAAGACUUAUUGAAAGUGAAGGUGACGACGAUGUUAUUAGGGAAACAUACGAACGAGCAAUCGCGAACAUACCACCGACAAAGAAUAAACAGUUUUGGAGGCGGUAUAUUUACUUAUGGAUAAACUACGCAUUAUUUGAAGAGCUGGAAGCUCGCGAUUUCGAUCGUACACGGCAAGUUUAUAAAGCCUGUUUAGAAUUACUACCUCACAAGCUGUUUACCUUCUCCAAAAUGUGGCUUCUUUUUGCACAGUUUGAGAUCAGACAAAAAAAUCUGAUGGCGGCCAGAAAAAUUUUGGGUACUGCAAUCGGAAUGUGUCCCAGAGACAAAUUGUUCCGAGGCUACAUCGACGUUGAAAUUCAAUUGCGAGAAUUUGACCGUUGCCGCAUUCUCUAUGAGAAAUUUUUGGAGUUCGGUCCAGAAAAUUGUGUUACGUGGAUGAAGUUUGCCGAGUUGGAGACGUUAUUAGGUGACUAUUCUAGAGCUCGUGCGAUUUACAAGUUGGCAGUCGGUCAACCUCGCUUGGAUAUGCCAGAACUGCUAUGGAAAUCGUAUAUAGAUUUCGAAAUAGCGCAGGAAGAACUUGAAAAUGCGCGACAGUUAUACGAGCAAUUAGUCGAUCGUACAAAGCACGUUAAGGUGUGGAUGUCUUAUGCAAAAUUCGAAUUGAACAAUAAAACCGACGAUGGGUUAAACGUCCUUGUGGCAAGACGCGUGUAUGAGAAAGCGAAUGAGGGAUUGAAGAAUUUUUCAGAAAAGGAAGCCAGAGUUCUUUUGCUCGAGAAUUGGCGCGAUUUCGAGAUGGAGAAUGGAGACGAAGAAAGUAGAGCGAAAGUUGAAAGUAAGAUGCCAAAGAGAAUUAAAAAGAGGCAAAAGAUUAUUGACGAAGAUGGAAUUGAACAAGGUUGGGAAGAAGUGUUCGACUACAUCUUUCCUGAGGACGAAGCCAGCAAACCUAAUCUCAAAUUGCUUGCCGCUGCCAAGAACUGGAUGAAAAAUAAAGAAACUGACCCACAAGAUUCCAAUGAUGUGUCUAACAAUAUUUCCGAAACAGUGGAAAAUGAAUCGUAGUUUUAGUAUUCUUUUAUAUUGUAACUUGUGUAAAUAAUGUAAAUAAAAUGUGAACGCUCA